AUGCCAGGCGAGACCGAUAUAGCCCCUCCUCGUGACAGACAUGUCUCCAAAAUUCACAUUGCCGAUACCCCCAUCACUCUCCGGAACUGGCACAAACAUGUCAACUGGCUGAACGUGACCAUGAUCGUCCUCAUCCCCCUCUACGGCUGCAUCCAAGCCCUCUGGACCCCUCUACGACUCAAAACAGCCAUCUGGGCAGUAGCCUACUACUUCUUUACAGCCUUAGGCGUCACAGCAGGAUACCACCGCCUCUGGGCCCACAGAUCCUAUACAGCAACUCUCCCGCUCCGCAUCACCCUGGCCCUCGCCGCCGGAGGCUCCGUCCAAGGCUCCGCGCGCUGGUGGGCACGCCUGCACCGCUCGCACCACCGGUACACAGACACGGAACGAGACCCCUACUCCGUACACAAGGGGAUCUUCUACGCGCACUUCGGCUGGAUGAUACUAAAGCAGAAUCCGAAGCGGUUCGGCCGGACCGACAUCUCCGAUCUCAACGCCGACCCCGUGGUUGUCUGGCAGCAUCGACAUUUCUUGAAGAUCGUUAUCCUCAUGGGCCUUGUCGUCCCGAUGGUCGUCGCCGGGCUAUGGGACGACUGGUGGGGUGGGUUCGUGUAUGCAGGCAUCCUGCGGAUCUUCUUCGUGCAGCAGGCUACUUUCUGUGUGAACUCCCUGGCCCAUUGGCUCGGCGAACAGCCGUUCGAUGAUCGCAAUUCACCCCGUGAUCAUGUCGUCACGGCGUUGGCCACGAUGGGUGAGGGAUAUCAUAAUUUCCAUCAUGAGUUUCCGUCUGAUUAUCGCAAUGCAAUUCGGUGGUAUCAGUAUGAUCCGACUAAGUGGGCUAUUUGGUGCUGGGGACAGGUUGGAUUGGCCCGUGAUUUGAAGAUGUUUCGUGAGAAUGAGAUUGAGAAGGGGAGGGUGCAGCAGUUGCAGAAGAAGGUCGAUAGGAGACGGGCUGAGUUGGAUUGGGGGACCCCGUUGAGUGAGUUACCGGUUAUGGAGUGGGAGGAGUUUGUGGAGAGGGCGAAGAGCAGGGCGUUAAUCGUUGUUGCUGGGGUUGUGCACGAUGUUGAAGACUUUGUGAAGGAACACCCUGGUGGGAAGGCGAUGAUUCAGGCUGGUGUUGGGAAGGAUGCGACCGCUAUGUUUAAUGGGGGUGUGUACUAUCAUUCGAAUGCGGCGCAUAAUCUGCUGUCGAUGAUGAGGGUGGCGGUUAUAAGGGGCGGGUGUGAGGUGGAAGCUUGGAAGAGGCCGCAGAAGGAGGUGUAA